AUGAAGAGAGGAAAAAUACAACAAACCCCAAGAACAGUGAUUAUUGGAGGAAAAGCAUUUGCAACAUAUACAAAUGCAAAAAGGAUUGUUAAACUUGUGAAUGAUGUUGGUGCUGUGGUAAAUACUGAUCCACAGGUCAACAACUAUUUGAAGGUUGUGUUUGUCCCGAAUUACAAUGUAUCUGUUGCGGAGAUGCUUAUUCCAGGAAGUGAGUUAUCGCAGCAAAUAAGAGAAGAGAUUGGAAAUGAGAAUUUCUUUCUGUCUGGCGCAACUGCUGAUCAAGUCCCCAAGCUUCUGUAA